AUGGAGCGUUUGUCUGCUGCCGUCGAACUACCCCGCGACGUUUGGUUAGCCAUAGACAUUAAAGUCGCAUCAAACUCUAUUGAGGACCUGUGCAGGUUCCGUAUGACGUGUUGCGCUGCGCGCGAUGCAGGCGAAGAGGAUACUAUGCUCAGGAUGGUUUCCAUACCACCCCCGCAUGAGAUGAACUGGUGGUGGAGACGCGACCCGAUAGGGCAAAGAUUUUUUGAGAGGUGCUUUGAGAUUGGUCAGCCAGAGCUUCUGUUUCGGGAGGUGCUGCAGGAGCUCUACAUACAACAUAACCACGCCAUCGGAUGGGAAAUGCUGCAGAAUGCAGUAAGCAAUGGCUUGGACGCUGCCAAGUACGUACUUUCAAUGGAGUCGCUCAUCCAAAGGGACGACAAUGAGGCAAAAGAAAAUGGUUUGGAACUAUUUCAGGCGCUCGAAGCGGGUGGUUUACUCACCGCAUGUUACUCGAGUUGCUUUGCGGUUCUCACAAUUUCUUGGCCGGAUGAAGUCCAAAUGCCAGAAAAGGGAGAAGAACAUACGGUUUGUGACUACCGUCGAAUGGCGGCAGAGCGGGGCUAUGUCCACGGUGUCGGAGGCGCCGACCAUAUUCCGUGCAUCCACUGUCGCGCUGACUACGAGGUGGAACGAUACGUAGACAUACUUAGAGUUUAG